CUUGCAAAAGUCUUUUUUAAUAAUCUUUAAACUUGGUAGAUCAACAUGAAAGUAAUGCUGCUGAAUACGUGUAGUUUUUAAAAGUACUCAUAGAUCAAUAGGGCUUGUAAUGCAUUGAUACUGUAUAGACUAACAAAUUUGGUAAAUUAUGGAAGAACCUGCUAAUUCUCAAUCAAAUGCUAUAGAAAGAUGGCUUGAGUAUAACUUUCCAAUUCUGAAAGAUAAAAUUAACCCAGAAGUAUACAACAAUGAGUUGGAAGCAACAGAAGAAAGUUGCAAAAUGUUGUCAUUGUCAUUUUGCUUACAAAGUCUUGUGAUUCCAAAAAUAGAAGAGUAUAUGAGGAAAGUUAUAGUGCCAAAGUUCUGGUCAAAGUUCACAGAUGCAACAGAAUGCAACGAAAAACAAGGAUUUGAAAAUUUCACAAGUUCAGUGGCUGAAUUGUACUCUGACUCUAGUAAAUUGUUGCCUACUUUGAAGAAACUAGAGCUGGCUGGGCCAUGUAAAAAUGAUUACUGCAUGUACAGUCAAAUGAACACUUUUGACUACUUCAAGCUGGUCAUUCGUGGCACACUGUUGAGUCAAAUUCCACUAGACUAUACAAUUAUUAUUGAGCACUUCUAUAAGACGGCUUUCAACGUAUUCUGCAACAUUGAGGCGUCGCCGCCGACGGAUGACGUGCACAACAGCAAUGCAAUGCUGUGCGAAGGCUGCGGACACGAGCAGAACGACUGCCAGUGCCAGGCGAUCGUGGACGUGUUUCACGAGACCAACAAGAAGCUGAUAGAGCUAGGCUUGUUGGAGCGGCUGGUGGGCAGCACGCUGACGUCGCUGAUUCACGUGCGCAUCGAGCAGCACGUGAACCAGGUGUGCAGCCGGAGCUUCGACGUGUCGCAGCUGGAGCCGCUAGAGAACUGGCUCGAGGGCGUGGUGAUGAACUGGCUAGUGCGCAUCUACUCGGGCGGCUCAUCGCGCUCGCUCGCGCUGGACUACAAGGUGCGCAACGCCGUCAACAGCUUCAAGCACAAGCUCGGCUACUUCCUCUACGAGACGUACACGCGGGUGCGCAUCGAGCAGCUGUUCAACAUCGUGAUCGAGUACCCGGACUCGCGGCCCGCCGUCGACGACCUGCGCGCCUGCCUGCAGCGCACCGACCUGCGCGCCUACCUGGUGCGCACGCUGCAGGGGGCACUGCGAGCGCGCCUGCUGCACCCGGGCGUCAGCACCCCCGACAUCCUCACGGCCUACGUCGCGGCCAUCAAGGCGCUGCGCCAGCUGGACCCCACGGGCGCGAUGCUCGAGCUCAUCACCGAGCCGGUCAAGCGCUACCUGCGCGGCCGCGAGGACACGGUGCGCUGCGUGGUCAGCGGCCUGCUGGACGAGUCGAGCUCGAGCGACCUGGCCGACGAGCUGGCCCGAGGCGCGGCUGAGGCCGCGCGGCCCGAGUCGGCCGGCGGCGGGGAGCGCGCGGACGGCGCGGACGACUGGGAGGCCUGGAUGCCCGAGCCGGUGGACGCCGAGCAGGCCGGUCUGGGCUGGGAGGGCGCGGGGGGCGCCGAGGCGGGCCCGAGCGCGCCGCCCGGCGGCACGGCGGCCGGCGCGGACGCCCGGCCGCGGCGGCGCACCAGCGACAUCAUCGGCAUGCUGGUCGGCGUGUACGGCAGCCAGGACCUGUUCGUGAACGAGUACCGCACGCUGCUGGCUGACCGGCUGCUCGCGCAGCUCGACUACCGCACGGAGCGCGAGGCGCGCCAGCUGGAGCUGCUGAAGCGACGUUUCGGCGAGCACCAGCUGCACCACUGCGAGGUCAUGCUCAAGGACAUCAGCGACUCGAAGCGCAUCGACGCCUCGAUCCAGCAGGCCUUCGAGGCGCAGCCGGAGUCCGAGCGGGCGCCCUUCGCCACCUCGGCGCUCGUACUCUCGGCCCAGUUCUGGCCGCCCUUCAAGGAGGACUGGCGGCUGGAGCUGCCGGCGCCCGUGCAGCGCCAGCUCGAGCGCUACGCCAGGGCCUUCGAGGCCCUCAAGGGCAGCCGCACGCUCUGCUGGAAGAGCCACCUGGGCAGCGUCGGCCUGGAGAUCGAGCUGCGCGACCGCAGGCUCAAGCUCGACGUGUCGCCCAUCCACGCGGCCGUGAUCAUGCACUUCGAGCGACGCCCCGAGUGGAGCCUCGAGGAGCUGGCCGAGGCGAUGCACGUGCCCAGCACAGUGCUGCGGCGCAGAAUCGGAUUCUGGCUGUCGCAGGCGAUCCUGGCCGAGCCCAGCCCCGACCGGUUUAGCCUGCAGGAGGAGCUGCAGCAGGGUGCGCGGCCCAGCUGUCAACCUAGCCAGGGCAUGCUGCUCGCCGGCAUGAUCGAGGACGAGGAGGCCGAGAGCGUGAUGGCUUCGGCCAGCGACCAGCGCGAGGAGGAGCUGCAGGUUUUCUGGUCCUACAUCGUUGGCAUGCUCACCAAUCUCGACUCCAUGCCCCUCGAGCGCAUCCACCAGAUGCUCAAGAUGUUUGCUUCGCAGGGUUCCGGCGCGGUCGAGUGCGGUUUGCCCGAGCUACGGGCUUUCCUCGACAAGAAAGUGCGCGAACAUUUGCUGCUCUUCUCCGGUGGCUUGUACAAGCUGCCCAAAAACUGACCACCCUCGUUUCUCUUCUUGUACAUAUUUCUCUUCAUUUAAUACAUUUUUACGCCUAAGCUCGUUGGUUUUUGUCAUUUUCUAUCCAUCCUACCAAAUAACUACUG